AGCUGAACGCUGACACACUGAUGACAUGAAGGAGCAAAGCUCAGAUAUAAACACACGUACAGUCAGCGCUGACAGAAACACGGACGCUCAGCUGACGGAUUUUAUCAACUAAAACAGACAGAGAAAUCAUGUCGACUCAUGACACGAGUAACACGGCGGUGCGUCGCACCAGAGGACGAACAGAAAGCCAGCGUCCCGCAGAGAACGGCUCAAUCAGACAGCAUGAUAAUCACACAAAUAUGAGCGAUGCAACACUUAGAAAUGAAGACAUGGAGAGGAUGAAAGUGGAGCUGAUCCGACAUGUUCAGUCCCGUCUGAACGAGCUGCUGGAGCGAGCGCUGUCAGACUCCAUGCAGUCGCUCUGCAGGAACACACACACACACCCGGAUCACACACACACCCACGACAGGCACAAACCGGAUCAGGGGAAGGUGUUUGUGGCCCGGUGCUCCCUGCUGGAUGAGUUAUUCGAGAUCAGUCACAUCAGGACCAUCUAUCACAUGUUCAUCGCCGCUCUCUUGCUGUUCAUCAUCAGCACGUUAGCAGUGGACUACAUCGACCAGGGCAGGCUGGUUCUGGACUUUGAUCUGUUUUAUUACGCGUUCGGUCAGUUGGGGACGGUCGUAUGGGCCUGGACGCUCAUGCUCGCGUACGCUCUGCUCGGGCCGUAUUACAUUCUGAGCGUCUGGGCUUCACUGAACCACAGCCGAGGCUGGAGGACGUGUGUGUCUGCGGCGGCAGCGCUAACACUGUGUGCUGCUCAGACGAGCAUGCUGGGAAUAUUUCCAGUUUACAUCGUCCUGCAUUAUCAGCUGCCGCCAGCUUCACGAUUCAUCAUCAUAUUAGAGCAGAUCAGAUUUGUGAUGAAGAGCUACUCGUUUAUCCGUGAAACUACACCGGCCGUUCUCAAAAACACACCGCAGAAGGGCGAACCUCUGCGAUAUCCAUCUCUCUCCAGCUAUCUGUACUUUCUGUUCUGCCCGACUCUGAUCUAUCGGGAGGUUUAUCCGCGAAACCCGUACAUCAGGUGGAACUACGUUGGCAUGAACUUUCUGAAGAUCUUGGCCAGUCUGUUCUAUCUGUACUUCAUCUUGGUGCGAUUGUGCAUCCCUGUGUUCACAAACAAGAGCAACCAGCCCUUCAGUACACGGACAUUCAUCCUGGCGCUCUUCCACGCCGCGUUUCCAGACAAGCUUCUGGGAGCUGGUGACGCCGCGCUCGUGGAUAUGCAGCUACCAGUGACUUCUGCACAGAGCCCAACACAAACCCCAGCAGCUCGUCAGCAUCAGCCACGAUGACACAUUAUGAGAUAUAUUGCAUAACAUACUUAAUGACUUCAUGAAGCACAUCAGUCUCUCUGUAAAUGCCUUUUACUUUAAUUGAAUGUUGAUUUUAACUUGAUGACUGUAUAUAUUUUAAUUUAUGUAAAGAUGCACAUUAUUAAAAAUUAUAAAUGC